CUGCGGCAGCAGUUCUCAUUCCUCUCUGAGCCUCUCUGCACACCUUCUCUGAGCUCUCUCUAUUUCUCUGAACACUCCACUUUCUCUCUUGAUACCAUGACUUCCUGCAGCAGACAGUUCACCUCUUCCAGCUCCAUGAAGGGCUCUUGUGGGCUUGGAGGUGGCUCCAGCCGGGUCUCCAUCCUGGGUGGAGGCUCCUACAGAGCUCCUAGUGCCUAUGGGGGCUCAGGCUUUGGGGGUAUGUCAGUGACAAGCUCCCGCUUCUCCUCUGGAGGGGCCUGUGGCCUGGGAGGAGGCUAUGGUGGUGGCUUCAGCAGCGGCAGCAGCUUUGGUGGAGGUUAUGGAGGUGGGGCUGGUUUUGGUGGUGGCUAUGGUGGUAGCUUUGGUGGUGGUCUUGGUGGUGGCUAUGGGGGUGGCUUUGGUGGUGGUAUGGAUGGCCUCCUGGCUGGUGGAGAGAAGGUGACCAUGCAGAACCUCAAUGACCGGCUAGCCAGCUACCUGGACAAAGUGAGGGCCCUGGAGGAGGCCAACACUGACCUGGAGGUGAAGAUCCGGGACUGGUACCAGAAGCAGAGGCCAACUGAGGACAAGGACUAUAGCCCCUACUACAGGACCAUUGAGGACCUCAGAAACAAGAUCCUUGAAGCCCGUGUGGAAAAUGCCAGAAUUCUCCUGCAAAUUGACAAUGCCCGCCUGGCUGCUGAUGAUUUCAGGACCAAGUAUGAGACUGAGCUGAACCUGCGUAUGAGUGUGGAAGCUGACAUCAAUGGCCUGCGUAAGGUCAUGGAUGAGCUGACCUUGUCCAAGGCUGACCUGGAGAUGCAGAUUGAGAACUUGAAAGAAGAGCUGGCCUACCUUAGGAAGAACCAUGAGGAGGAAAUGAAUGCUCUGAGAGGCCAAGUGGGUGGAGAUGUCAAUGUGGAGAUGGAUGCCGCCCCUGGGGUGGACCUGAGCCGUGUCUUAUCUGAGAUGAGAGACCAAUACGAGAAGAUGGCAGAGAAGAACCGCAAGGAUGCAGAGGACUGGUUCUUCAGUAAGACUGAAGAGUUGAACCGAGAGGUAGCCUCCAACAGUGAGAUGCUGCAGAGUGGUAAGAGCGAGAUCUCUGAGCUCCGCCGCAGCAUGCAGAACCUUGAGAUUGAACUGCAGUCACAGCUCAGCAUGAAAGCCUCCUUAGAGAACAGCUUGGAAGAGACCAAGGGCCGCUACUGCCUCCAGUUGUCCCAGAUCCAGGGGCUCAUCAGCAACGUCGAGGAACAGCUGGCUCAGCUCCGCUGUGAGAUGGAACAGCAGAACCAAGAAUACAAGAUCCUCCUGGAUGUGAAGACCCGCCUGGAGCAGGAGAUCGCCACCUACCGCCGCCUGCUGGAGGGAGAGGAUGCCCACCUGGCUUCCCAGUUUUCAUCUAGCUCUCAGUCCUCCAGAGAUGUUUCCUCCACUAGCCGUCAGGUAUACACCAAGGUAUUAGAUGUCCAUGAUGGCAAGGUGGUAUCCAGCCACGAGCAGGUCCUUCGCACCAAGAGCUAAAUUCUCCAUGCUGACCUGGCCAGAGAGGACCACAGCCUGCACUGGGACCUGCUCCACCCCCUGUCAGACUGAGCAGUGGAUGACAGCCACGAAAUUUAAUUCACCUCAAGCUUGCCCUCCCCCAUUUCCCAAGUGCUGUGCUGCCCUCUGACUGGGCAAACAAAUAAAGCUUAUUUUUCU